AUGAGCCCAAGCCAGACAGACUACAACCCGGUCGCGCGCCCCGAGUCGAUUGUCCAAGGGCCACAAUGGCGAUUCACGGUCAUCAGUGAUGGUGUUCUGCGAUACGAGUGGGCGGCAGACGGCGUCUUCGAAGACCGCGCUUCGACGUUGGCUGUCAACCGUAACCUGCCCACCCCCAAGUUCCGCGUCGUCGAGUCCGACAAUAAGCUCGACAUCAUCUCCUCCGCUUUCCAUCUCUCCUACGACAAGAAAAAGUUCAGCACAAAUGGUCUCAGCGCCAGCAUUGUGGGCAAAGUAACCCUGUGGGGUUCUUACUGGCGCUAUGGACAAGACCAGGGAGGCAACCUCGGCGGUACGUCCAGAACCUUGGAUCUUGUUGACGGACGAUGCGACAUGGGCCGUGGCAUUUUGUCGCGUCAGGGUUACUCGGCACUUGAUGACAGCGACUCCAUGCUCUUUGAGAAUGAUGGCUUUGUGAGCCCCCGUCGUGAAGGAGACCGCGUCGACGGCUACCUGUUCUGCUACGGCCCAGACUAUCGCGGUGCGAUGGCUUCCUUCUACGCCAUUUCUGGUCGUCAACCGCUCGUGCCUCGCUACUCCCUGGGCUGCUGGUUUAGUCGAUACUAUGCAUACACCGCAUCGGAAUAUCUCGGACUCAUGGACCGGUUCCAGCAGGAAGAAAUCCCGCUGUCAGUCGCCGUCAUCGACAUGGAUUGGCACUUGGUCCAUGGCGACGAGGUCCCUCAUGCUGGCUGGACCGGCUACACAUGGGACAAGAAGCUAUUUCCCGACCCUGUUGGCUUCGCUGCCGAGCUGCGCAAGAGGGGUCUGCGCAUGACCCUCAACGACCAUCCCCACGAAGGCAUUCAUCACCACGAGGAAAUCUACUGUCAGAUGGCCGCUGUUUUGGGCCACGAUACCUCUGAGAACGCCCCCAUUCUCUUCGACCCCACAGACCCUGACUUCAUGCGCGCAUUCCUCCAAGUGCUUCACCGUAACCUUGAGGACAUGGGUUGUGACUUCUGGUGGAUUGAUUGGCAACAAGGUCCACACUCCAAGGUGCCAGGUCUCGACCCUCUGUGGCUGCUCAACCACUUCAACUAUGUCGAUCACCUAAAGACCACCAAGGAAACUCAGCCGUUGAUUUUCUCACGAUACGCUGGCCCGGGUAGUCACAGAUAUCCCGUGGGCUUCUCCGGCGACACUAUCAUCACCUGGAACUCCCUCCGCUUCCAGCCCGAAUUUACAGCAACUGCCUCCAACAUUGGCUACGGGUGGUGGAGUCAUGAUAUCGGCGGUCAUAUGUUCGGCUAUCGCGAUGACGAGCUGUCUGCGAGAUGGGUUCAGUUGGGAGUCUGGUCCCCGUUGCUCCGCCUUCACUCUUCUGACAGUAGGUGGUCGGGCAAGGAGCCGUGGAAGUAUCGUGGAGAAGCUCGUGAGGCCAUGCGUUCGGCAAUGCAGCUGCGUCAUAGGCUUGUUCCUUAUAUUUAUUCUCACAAUGUGGCCAAUUCGCUCCUCGACCCGCAGCCCCUCGUCCAGCCUAUGUACUGGGACCACCCGAUGGAAGAUGAGGCUUAUCAGCAUUUGAACCAGUACAAGUUCGGCUCUGAGCUGAUUGUAUGCCCUAUCGUGGAUCCCGUUGACCCUAAAACGAAUCUUGCCAAGGUCACAGCUUGGUUGCCUGAGAAACACGGCCGUUUCGUCGACAUCUUUUCUGGCAGAGUUUACAGCUCAGGACGUGUCAUUGAUCUGUACCGAGCCCUCACCACUUACCCUGUCCUGGCUAAAGAAGGAGCUAUUAUCCCCCUCGACCACGCUCGGGUACCCGAGAACGGCUGCAAGAACCCGGAGAGCCUCGAAGUCCUUGUCGUGGUUGGUGCUGAUGGGAAGUUCGACAUUUGGGAGGAUCCUCGAGAUGAUGCCGCUAGUAUUAUGAAGAAAGUGGAAGAUUCUGAAAGCCUUGUUCUUGGGCAUCGUCAAAUGCAUGUUCAGUACGAGCAAGCCGCUGGGCGAGUUACUACCAAGGGCUGGGGUAAGCUGUGGGCAUUUCGCUUCCCUGGUAUAUACGAUAUUCGACCGGAGGACGUUCGCGUCUUCGUCAACAAUGCUCCCUACGAGAGUGCCUCUGUUCGCGUUGAAAGAAACACUGGUGCUGCCGCCUCAUCUCAAGAUGGCUCAUUCAAGAGUGGUCUACUGGUUCAGCUCGCUGACACAUCCCAAUAUGAUGAUGAUAUUAGGAUCGAGCUGGGAUCUGAUCCCCAAAUUAGCGUGGUCUCGCCUCAUGAUGAGAUCGAAGCACUUCUUCUAGACUCGCAAGUCGAGUUCGCUGUCAAGGAUGCGGUAUGGAAGGUUGUUACGUCCAAGCAGAGCAACACGUCCAAGCUAGCACACUUGCAAAGCAUGGCUUUGGACAAGAGUCUGGCUGGGCCCUUGUUCGAGCUUUUGUCUGCCGACACUAGACUAGCAUAA